AUGUGUUUCGGGGGCCGCGACAAAGGCGACGAAGCGGGCGCCGCCCGGUCGCGAGAGCUCGAUAAAAUAAUUCGCGCCGAUGAGAAGCGCAUGUCGAAAGAAGUGAAGCUCCUGCUUUUAGGAGCCGGCGAAUCCGGGAAAUCGACAGUUCUCAAACAGAUGAAACUCAUCUACGCGCAAGGCUUCAGCAAAAAUGAGAAGUUGGAGUGGAAGCCCGUGGUGUUUGCCAACAUCCUCCAAUCGUUCCGCACAAUCUUUGAUGCAAUGAACGAUUUGGGUAUCACAUUUGAAAACCCGGACAACGAGAAAAACAUGGCUCAGGUAAUGGUAGAAUAUGAGAUGACGCCACACGAGCCUCUACCACAAGAAUAUCUGGAGCCAGUUAGGCAGCUCUGGGCGGACUCGGGCGUCAGGAAGGCCAUGGAAAAGGGGAACGAAUACGCUCUCCACGACAACCUAGACUAUUUCUGCAACGAGGUGGAGCGUCUCUGGGACAAGAAUUACGUCCCCACAGAUCAGGAUCUUCUGCGAUCGAGGUUAAGGACCACAGGCAUCACGGAGACCAUUUUCGACCUGGGCCAGCUGACAUACCGCAUGUUCGACGUCGGCGGCCAACGGUCGGAACGAAAAAAAUGGAUCCACUGCUUCGAGAACGUCAACUGUCUGCUUUUCCUGGUCGCCAUCUCCGGGUACGACCAAUGUUUGGUCGAGGAUAAAGAUGGCAACCAAAUGAACGAAGCGCUGAUGCUUUGGGAGUCCAUCGCCAACUCCCACUGGUUCACCAACUCAUCGCUCAUCCUCUUCCUCAACAAGAUCGACCUGUUCAAGGAGAAGCUCGCCAAGAGCCCGAUAACAGAUUACGGUUUUACCGACUACCACGGUCCGCCAGACAAUUGGGAGAAAGCCAGCAAAUAUUUCACGGACAAGUUUCGGGCACUGAACAGGAACCCAGAAAAAGAGAUCUACCAUCACCUGACCAACGCAACCGAUACCAACCUUCUCAAGAUCACGAUGGGAUCCGUGCAGGACAUGAUCAUCCAGCGGAACCUGAAGCAGCUCAUUCUGUAA